AUGAUAAUGGUGGCGAGGUGCCAUAAUGGGGUUUCAAAGAAGAGGUUUCAAAGAAGAGGUCUGGUGAGGGAGAAAGGGAGUGAAGCCUUCCGGGGAAAAAAGAGUGAGUUUCGCGAGAGUGGGGAGACGCGGGGGUUUGAGUAUGCAUUGUUUUCUCCCUUCACAUAUGCACUGCUACAUGUUUUCUUGUUGAGUGGGGCUCUCUACCCAGAGGAGAAUGAUUUGAUUGAGAGAUAG